UCUCUUUGUCGCUCCCAUCUCUCUCUUUAAACCUAGCUGAGACGUCGUGCCAUUCAAGCCAAGAAGUUUGCAGUCUUUCUCCGUUUGUCUCUGCGUUUUUCCUGUGCAGUCGAUUGUCCUUUCUUCUUUGUCUCAGAGGAAAACGGGGGACCUUUCCUAGCUACCGUGAACAGGGUACAAGUUAAUAUCUGCAUACAUAAGAGGAGGAUUAGCUAGCUAGGAUGAUGUCUGCAGGCAAUGGACAGCUGACUGUUCCUCCUGGCUUCCGAUUUCAUCCAACGGACGAGGAGCUUCUCUACUAUUACCUCAGGAAGAAGGUCUCUUAUGAAGCCAUCGACCUUGAUGUUAUCAGGGAGGUCGAUCUCAACAAACUGGAACCCUGGGACCUUAAAGAGAAAUGCAGAAUAGGAUCAGGGCCUCAGAAUGAGUGGUACUUCUUCAGCCACAAGGAUAAGAAGUAUCCAACAGGAACUAGAACAAACCGAGCAACUACAGCUGGGUUUUGGAAGGCAACUGGGAGAGAUAAAGCCAUCCACCUCAGCGAUUCCACGAGGAUUGGAAUGAGGAAAACCCUAGUCUUCUACACCGGCCGCGCUCCUCAUGGCCAAAAGACUGACUGGAUCAUGCACGAGUAUCGCCUUGAAGAUCAUCAUGAUAAUAUUAAUGUCCAUGAAGUUCAGGAGGACGGAUGGGUGGUUUGUAGGGUUUUCAAGAAGAAGAAUCACAUUAACAGAGGUUUUCAGCCAGAGUUUGGUCAUCAUCAAGAAGUAGAACAUGACUUGAUCACGCACAUGAAGGCAAGUGGUUCUCAUGCCCAAGUAGUACUAGAUCAUCAUCAUCAUCAUCAGCCAAAACAAAACCAUCACCACCAUCUGGAAGCUUCACUGUAUGAUUACCCUAACACUUUCGAUGGUUCGAUGCACCUGCCGCAGUUGUUCAGUCCAGAGUCCGCAGCUGCUGCAGCAGCUAAUAAUUCAUCAUCAUUUCUAUCUGCACCUAAUACCAAUAUGUCGGCUUUGAACCCCCUGGACUUGGAGUGCUCUCAAAACCUGUUAAAGCUAACCUCCACCACGGCCGGUUCUUGUGGACUCAAUAUGCAACAGCAACAGCAACAGCAGCAGCAGGAGAUGAGGUCGUUCAAUGGUGAUUGGUCAUUCUUGGACAAGCUCCUCCAAUCUCAUCACCCUCAGCCCCAGGAUCAUCAUCAUGUGGCCACUGCCGCCGCUACUACUUCAACAACGCAGAGAUUAUUUCCAUUUCAAUACCUUGGCUGCAGCGGAUCAACUACUCAUGUCGACAUUUUAAAGUUCUCCAAGUAGCUAGCUAGCUAGCUAUGCAGAGCGCCUGAAAGUCUCUGAUGAUCGAUUAUUCACUUCAUUCACCUAGCUAGCUAGUACCAUUAAGUUGUUCGUACGCACGGAUAAUCCUUUUCCACUCCUAUUUUGGUAGUUUUUUUUUAGUUCAAACUCUAUUCUCCUUGCUCAUUAGUUUAAAGUUCUCUUUUGAGUAUCAAAAUGUAUAUAAGUUCAAACAAGCCUGUGAAGGGAUUUUCCAAGAUGAGACCUUGGAGCUUAA